AUGUCCGCAGAACCAACGAUUCAUAGAGGGGCCUGCCUCUGCGAGAGCAUCAAGUAUGAGAUCACUACGGCCAGGCCAAGUGCCAGGCUCUUGUGCCACUGCAGAGACUGCCAGAAGUCCACUGGGUCUGCUUUCGCCACGAUGGUCGCCGUCCCUAAGGCGGAUUGCCGGGUGACGCAAGGGAGCGAGAGCUUGAGAUCGUACGCGCUGUCCACCACGAAGUCGGGCAACACGAUGACGCGCUCAUUUUGCACCAAAUGCGGCUCCCCAUUGUUUGCCGGGACCACAAAAUAUGCAGGAAGUGUCACAAUUAUCAACGCAGGAACGCUCGACGAUCCGACGAAAUGGCCGCCAGUGCUCGAAGUUUUCUGCACGAAUCGCAUGGAGUGGCUGCGUCCCUUGGAAGGCGGAAGGCAGUUUGAUGAAGAGCCCCCGAGACAUCAGUGAGACAAGGAAGUUGAAACGUUGAAGUGAGGUUGACGACGGGCUGGGCAAAUGAGUGGAAGGGAAGCUUGUUUUAUUGGAUGGCGUGACUUGAUUAAUAUGACAAAGAACAAAGAAGUGUUUUCGGAAGCCCGGAAUGAAUGAUCGGUGCCAGUAUGCGCACGUGGGCGAGUGGCGAGGUGACUUGUGGGCGAAAGCUAUCGGGCAGAGUGCGGUCAAAGAUGUUUACGCACAACGCGCCGAAACUAAACCUACAUACAAUGUUGGCUCGUUCAUACAUCAACUUACUAUGCCGGAACCCG